AUGGAUGAAAUACCAACAACAUACACAUUUGAUCUUGGAGCAGUAGCACACACUAUUCACAGUAAUCAUCGAAUACGCCAGAUAGUGCAGCAAGCUGUUAAUGAAUUUUUAGUAUUGCAGAAUGAAUUAUUACAGCAUUUAGAAAAAGAAGCACUUGAUAAAACAACUGAAGUUAAAUCGAAGUUAUUGAUGGAUAUUUUGAAAAUUCAGUCAUUAAAUAAACAGGUUAUCGCUGAUAAAGUUCAAUUAGCAUUAGUUGGCGCAAAUUCCUGUGGUAAAACAUCAUUAAUACAUUAUAUUUUGGAAUCCGAUCCAUUUCUACCAUCUGAUGUUGGGUCAGUUAGUGCUCGUAUUAUUCUUUUGACCUAUGCAGACAAUGCCGAUGCAUGCUUACGUAUUUAUUCAUCAUUAGAGAAACGACACCAAGAAUCUCCUGAACAGAUUAGUUUAAGUGAAUAUUUUUCCGAGCCUGAACCAGAUUGGGAUGGGGUUAAAGAUCGUAUUGCAGUGCAUGUUGAACGGCCAAAAAACCUCCAAAAGCAUUCGGAAGAGUUUGCUCUAUGGGCAAAAUCUUUCGUUGAAAUUCGAAUUCCAUCAAAUUUUCUAAAAUUAGGCAUAGAUUUAUAUGAUACGCCAGGUUUGAUUUAUUCUGAUCCGCCAGUUUUAAAUGAAAAUCUGCAUUCACUCGUCAAAACUGUUAUACCAACAGUCGUUUUUAUGUAUGAAAAUUCAGCAGUUACCGUUGAUACAAAAGACUGUUUUUUGGCAUUAAAGGAAGCUCUUGGUAAGCAACUUGACGAUACCAGCAUUUUUUUCUUAAAUACGAAGGUCGAUAUCGGUACAAUAGUAAAUACUGGCACAUCGAUAAACGGCGAAGAAUUUGAAAAGACAACUUUAGUAAAUGCUCGUCAAAAGCGUAAAGAUUUGCUAUUAAAAGCGCCUGGUAUGGCUCAACAAAUGUUCCAUAAUAGUGAAUUUGAUAUUAUCUCUGCCGAAUCACAAUGGGAUUCACGCGGAAUAAAAAUGAAUCAAUUAGCGAUCGAUCAUUUAAUUCAAUUCGUUGCUAACUCAGAUUUAAAAAUUGCAAAAGAAGUUAGUAAAUUAGUUUUACCGAUAAUUAAUUCAUUUUUUGAUUAUGCAUUUGUUACAAGUCAUCGAACGCGCGAGCAACUAAAAGAAUUACGUAGAAAUGCUAAUCAAUGGACUGAAAAUUAUUUUAUUGAUCGUCAAAAGAAUCUAGAUCAGGUUUUAAGAAUACUAUAUAAUAUUAUAGUGGACAAAUUAAAUGACGAAACGAAUAGCAUCAUUCAAAGAGCUGCACAACAAAAUAGUGUUGAAAUGAUGGAAAAAUAUAUUAGAACUCUCAUACAACAUGAAAUUAUUCAACUAAACGUAAGAGAAUUCAUCCACAAGAAUGCAGCGAUUUCAACGAUUGAGACAUUAAUUCGUUCAUCGCUUUUCAAGAAUGCAGAUAAAAAUGAAUUUUUAGUUACUGCACACGAAAAGCUUUUUUCUAGUAGGUUAGAAAAACCUGGUCAACCAUCUGGGGAAUCAUAUGACGUUACACCUGUUGUGAGACCAUUGCUUAUGGUUGCUGAUAUACUUGUUGAGUCAGAUGAAGAAGACAAUCAAAAUAAUACAAAGCGUACUUCACCAUGGAAGGAAUUGAAAAAGCAAUUUCGACAAAAUGUAAUUAGAAAAACUCGCCCAUCAAAAAGUAUGGAAAAGUUAGAUAUAGCUCAACAAUAUUUAAAUGAUAUCCGGUUAGGAUUUAUGAAUCAAAAAAAUCAUAUAAAUGAAUUUCUUGUACAAUGGUGUGAAAAUGAGAGAACCGAAUUUCUAGAAGAAAUUAACGAGCAACAUCAAUUAGCAAUACGAUUUUUGCCACAAAGAGUGAAGGCUUAUAACUUAACGAAUAAAUACGCUGAACGAUUCGCACAUAUUGAGUGUAAAUUAAUUGUUGCUCAAAGUCUAGCUUUAUUUAACGGGCACACUCCAGCAUUGAAACAAGUUCUUAUUCAUGAAGAUCAUUUUUUUCAGUUACAUCCAGCGGAAUGGGCUCAUGAAAAGGAUUUAAUCGUUAAAAAAUUCAAAGAAGUCUCUGAUUUACAAUAUUUAGAAGCACACUACUAUCAAAAGAUAUCGCAACUGAGCGUUUCAGGCCUACUGCCAUUAUUAUAUCUCUAUCUAAAUGAUGAUGAUGAAUUAUGGAUGUUCUUUCCUAGAUAUGAACAUUUAGAUAGCAACAUAGAUUCAUUAACUGUUAAAGAUAUAUUAAAAAUGUUGUUAACCAUUGCGCAAUGCCUUCAAAAAUUACAUGCAAAUGAACUUAUUCAUGGAAAUAUUGAUAAGAAAAAUAUUUAUAUGGCGCCUGAUGGAAAAUAUAUUUUAGGCGAUCUUUAUUCUAAAACCAAAUAUGAGACUCUUUUAGAUUGUGUCAAAAGACAUGAAACGAACAAUUCGAGUCGCGAGUUUGCUGAUGAUAUUUACUCUCUUGGAGAAGUUGGUAAAAAUUUAUAUGAAUCCUUAAAAAGAAGCGACCAAACUUCGGAAGUACUUGAUCAAUUAAAAAGUUUACUGGAGAAAUGCUUAUAUCAAGAUCCCCUUUUACGACCGAAUGCUUCAAAAACUCUUGAAACAUUGAGUUCUUUAUUAGAACAGGCCUAA